AUGUCUCCCUCUCUGGAUUCUGCCGAGGCGCAAUGGCAAACGCAGCUGGCAGCCAUGAGAGCGGCUUUAGUAGAGCUAAAAUUGCCUCCGAAAGCUACAAACGGAGAGACAACCUCUUAUGUAUCAGAUAUCGAUUUUGACGAAGAUGAUGACUUCACGUCGGGAAAUAGUGGCGACGAUGUGUGGGAUUUCAUCAGUGACAGCGAAGACGAUCUGUACAGCAGUGAUGCAGACGAGCACUUGAUCCCACAGACGGAUGCUGGAGGCUAUGGCCCGCAAUGGCUGAAAAGCAAAUGCCUAGGCUUUGCCUCAAGGAAACAGGGGCUUUCUGGAGAGGACCUGCAAGAGCAAAUCAUGGCACUUCUCGCAUCGGACAGCGUGGAAGAGGAACUUCAGUCGACCCUGACUGAUAUCAUUGGUUAUGAUGAUUUAGAUUUUGUCAUUGAGCUCAUUUCUCAUCGAAAGGAAAUCGCCGCGCCUUCUCCAUUUUCGACCAACCAGGGCGAAGGAAUCAUCGGAAGGCUUCAGACAAAGCGCCAACGUGAAGAAGCUUUGAGACAGCGUGAUUAUGAGCAUAAACAUGCUACACUUGGCCCCAGUUUGGAUCGAGACGGUCCCAAGUAUCCUCACGUGUACAAAGCUUAUUCUGCUGGCAAUACUCUUGAUUCCCGGGGACGAAAAUAUGGUCUUCCUGUAGGAAGCGAGAGAACGGAACAUGAGAAAUACGAAGAGUACUCAAUUCCCGCCGGCAAAGUUGGGACUCUCGGACAAGGGCGCAAGCUAGUCCAAAUCUCUGAAAUGGAUAGCCUUUGCCAAAGAACUUUCAAAGGUUACAAAACGCUGAACCGUAUGCAAAGCUUGGUGUACCCUGUGGCCUACAAGACCAGCGAGAACAUGCUAAUUUGUGCUCCUACCGGUGCUGGUAAAACCGAUGCCGCAAUGCUCACAAUUCUACAUGCGAUCGGUCAGAACAUUUCACCCAACCCAGCAGAACAACCCGAAGCAACUGAUUUCGUUGUGAACCUCGAAGACUUCAAGAUCGUCUAUGUAGCUCCUAUGAAGGCACUUGCCGCUGAAAUUACAGAGAAAUUGGGUCGCCGACUCGCUUGGCUUGGUAUCCAAGCACGAGAAUUCACUGGGGAUAUGCAUCUCACCAAGAAGGAAAUCCUCCAGACUCAGAUUAUUGUCACCACGCCUGAGAAAUGGGAUGUUGUAACCCGAAAGGGUACGGGCGAUACUGAGCUGGUUCAGAAAGUCCGUCUUUUAAUCAUUGAUGAGGUCCAUAUGUUACACGAUGAUAGAGGAUCUGUGCUUGAAUCCCUUGUGGCCCGCACAGAACGCCAGGUCGAGAGCACUCAAUCGCUCAUUCGAAUUGUUGGGUUAUCUGCUACCCUCCCUAAUUAUGUCGACGUCGCCGAUUUCCUUAAGGUAAACCGCUAUGCGGGCUUAUUUUAUUUCGAUGCCAGUUUCAGACCUGUUCCUCUGGAGCAGCAUUUUAUCGGUGUCAAGGGCAAACCUGGAACUAAGACCUCCCGAGACAAUCUAGAUAAUGUUGCAUUCGAAAAGGUUCGGGAUAUGCUACAACAGGACCAUCAGGUCAUGGUCUUUGUGCAUUCAAGGAAGGAUACAUUUAACACUGCGAAAAUGCUUUAUGAGAAGGCGGUCGAUGAUAUAUGCGUGGAUCUUUUCGAUCCUUCGGGACAUCCACAGUACGAAGCCGCUGUAAAAGAGAUGAAAAGCUCCAGAGGUCGUGAGCUCAGGGAAUUGCUGCCAAAAGGCAUUGGAAUCCAUCAUGCUGGCAUGGCUAGAGCUGAUCGGAAUCUCACGGAGAAGUUAUUUGCUAGCGGAGUCUUGAAGGUUCUCUGCUGUACCGCUACCUUGGCAUGGGGUGUCAAUUUGCCGGCCGCUGCAGUCAUCAUUAAAGGGACCCAGGUAUACAGUGCACAAGACGGUAAAUUCAUUGACCUCGGGAUACUGGAUGUCCUUCAGAUAUUCGGUCGAGCCGGUAGACCCCAAUUUCAAGACACAGGUAUCGGCAUGAUCUGCACGACCCAGGAUAAGCUUGCCCACUAUCUUCAGGCAGUUACUUCGCAAGUGCCAAUUGAAUCUCGCUUUUCGAAGCACCUGGUAGACAAUUUGAAUGCUGAAAUCGGACUGGGAACUGUCACCUCCAUACCCGAGGCAGUUCAAUGGCUUGGAUACUCAUACCUCUACGUUCGUAUGCUACGGAACCCUUUAACCUACGGUAUCGACUGGGCGGAGAUUCGGGAUGAUCCAACUCUAGUUCAAAGACGGCGGCAGCUUGCUAUACAGGCUGCUAGAACUCUCCAGCAAAGCCAAAUGAUCAUCUUUAACGAGACUACGGAAGAACUUCGAAGUAAGGACGUUGGCCGGAUUGCGAGUCAGUAUUACAUUCUUCAUACCAGCAUCCAAAUCUUCAACACUAUGAUGCGUCCGCAAUCAUCGGAGGCCGACGUCUUGCAAAUGAUCGCUAUGAGUGGGGAAUUCGACAACAUCCAGUCAAGGGAUAAUGAGUCUAAUGAGCUCUCAAGAUUGAGGGAAGAAGCAACUUUUUGUGAUAUCUCAGAUAAAGGCAAUGAUUCGCCUCAAGCAAAGACAAACAUCCUUUUGCAAUCCUAUAUUUCUAGGGCAAAUCUAGAGGAUUUUGCAUUGACGAACGACUCGAACUACAUUGCGCAGCAAUCUGCUAGGAUAUGCAGGGCCCUCUUUAUGAUUGCUUUGAAUCGCCGAUGGGGCCACCAAUGUUUGGUGCUGAGUUCCUUAUGCAAAUCCAUUGAGAAGAGGAUCUGGCCUUUCCAACAUCCUCUGCAUCAGUUUGAGCUGCCCAGUCCAGUUUUGAAGCAGUUAGAUUCCAAAGAGGGUGUUUCUAUUGAAACCCUAAGAGACAUGGACGCGGCCGAGAUUGGAUCAUUGGUUCAUAACUUUUCAGCCGGAAAGACGAUAUCCAAGAUUCUUGACAUUUUCCCAACAAUCAGCAUUGAUUCCGAAAUCGCCCCGCUCAACAGGGACGUUUUACGGAUCCAUCUGUAUUUGAAACCCGAUUUCCGUUGGAAUGAUCGCCACCAUGGGACAUCUGAGAGUUACUGGAUAUGGGUGGAAAAUUCAGAAACAUCCGAGAUUUAUCAUCACGAACUCUUCAUCUUGAAUCGUAAGAAGCUGUACGAUGAUCAUGAACUCAAUUUCACGAUACCUUUAUCAGACCCGUUACCACCUCAGAUUUAUGUGAGGGCCGUAUCGGAUAGAUGGCUAGGAGCCGAGACCGUGCAUGCCAUCUCUUUCCAACACUUAAUUAGGCCAGACACGGAGAGCGUGUACACUGAUCUUCUAAAUCUUCAGCCACUGCCUAUCAGUGCUUUGAAGAAUCCGGCGUUGGAGGAGAUAUAUGGCCAGAGAUUUCAAUUCUUCAACCCCAUGCAGACACAGAUUUUCCACUGCCUCUAUCACACCUCCGCAAAUGUCUUACUAGGUUCUCCUACUGGCUCUGGCAAGACCAUCGCGUCGGAGCUGGCUAUGUGGUGGGCCUUCCGCGAGAAGCCUGGAUCCAAGGUCGUCUACAUUGCACCAAUGAAGGCACUUGUCCGCGAGCGGGUCAAGGAUUGGGGUACCAGGCUCACUCGUCAGCUAGGUCUUAAACUCGUAGAGUUGACCGGUGACAAUACACCUGACACGGGGACCAUCAGAGACGCAGACAUCAUCAUUACGACUCCUGAAAAAUGGGAUGGUAUCUCUCGUUCAUGGCAAACCAGAGGUUACGUGAGGAAAGUAAGCCUGGUUAUCAUUGACGAAAUUCAUCUUCUUGGUGGAGAUCGAGGCCCGAUUCUGGAAAUUAUCGUCUCUCGUAUGAACUACAUCGCUUCACAAUCCAAGAACUCGGUUCGACUUAUGGGCAUGUCGACCGCGUGCGCCAAUGCUAUGGAUUUGGCCAAUUGGUUGGGAGUCAAGGAAGGAUUGUUCAAUUUCCGCCAUAGCGUUCGCCCUGUUCCUCUUGAGAUCUUCAUUGAUGGAUUUCCCGAGGUUCGUGGUUUCUGCCCCCUAAUGCAGUCGAUGAAUCGCCCAACAUUCCUGGCGAUCAAGACACAUAGCCCUGACAAGCCUGUGAUCGUCUUCGUUGCUUCUCGAAGGCAGACACGUUUGACAGCUAAAGACCUGAUCAAUUUCUGCGGUAUGGAAGAUAAUCCUCGACGAUUUGUCAGGAUGUCCGAGGAAGAUCUGCAACUUAAUCUCGCUCGGGUCAAGGACGAUGCCUUGAAGGAGGCACUUAGUUUUGGCAUAGGUCUUCACCAUGCUGGUCUCAUUGAAUCCGAUCGUUCACUGGCAGAGGAGCUAUUUGCCAACAACAAGAUCCAGAUCUUGGUCGCCACGAGUACUCUGGCAUGGGGUGUCAAUCUUCCUGCCCAUCUUGUUGUGGUCAAGGGAACACAGUUUUUCGAUGCCAAGAUUGAAGGAUAUAAAGACAUGGAUCUUACAGAUGUUCUGCAGAUGCUCGGUCGAGCUGGUCGUCCUCAAUUCGACACAUCUGGAAUCGCUCGUAUUUUUACCCAGGAUUCAAAGAAGGCAUUCUACAAGCACUUUCUUCACACUGGCUUCCCGGUUGAGUCGACUCUCCAUAAGGUUCUUGAUAACCAUCUGGGUGCCGAAGUAUCAGCUGAAACCAUUACUACUAAGCAAGAUGCACUUGACUAUUUGACCUGGACGUUCUUCUUCCGACGCCUGCACAAGAAUCCUUCUUAUUAUGGUCUCGAAAUAUCCGCAGAAGAACACAACACUAUAGCAGCCCAGCAAAUGGCAAACGACUAUAUGAUAUCCAUGGUAGAUACGUCUCUGGGCGAGUUGGAGAAGUCGAAAUGUCUUGUGCUCUAUCCGAACGGCGAUGUUGAAUCGACCCCGCUAGGAAAGAUCAUGAGCUACUACUACCUUUCUCACAAAACAAUCCGACACCUUGUCGAGAACGCCAAACGUAAUGCGACAUUUUCCGACGUUCUCUCAUGGAUGUCUAGUGCGACAGAAUACGACGAGCUUCCUGUCCGGCAUAAUGAAGAACUCAUCAACGCAGAGCUCUCCAAGAACCUACCACUUCCAGCCACCGCUUUCGAUAAUCUACCAAUGUGGGAUCCGCAUGUGAAAGCUUUUCUUUUACUGCAAGCCCAUAUGUCUCGUAUCGAUUUGCCUAUCACGGAUUAUGUAGGUGAUCAGACUAGUGUUCUUGAUCAAGCCAUACGUAUUAUCCAAGCAAGUAUCGAUGUCCUGACGGAGCUUGGGUACCUUUCUAGCUGUUUGCAAAUGAUCACACUCCUGCAGUGCAUCAAAUCUGCGAGAUGGCCAGCUGAUCACCCAUUAUCUAUUCUACCUGGUGUGCCGAUUGAUUUGCCCUCAAACAAAGAUCUUCCUGGUCGACCUCAAGAUCUAUCAGCACAAUCAGAAAAAGACUACAAACGCACAGUCUCAACUCUCCGCAUACCAUCAUCUCAACUACCCCAGUUCCACAAAGCAGCGAACAUGAUCCCAAAUCUGAAAAUCGACCUUCAGAAUAUCAACGCGUUAUCCCUAACUGUUGUCUUGAAUCGUCAAAACUCCUUGACCGAUAAGGAUGGCAAGAUGUAUGCCCCUCGCUUCCCUAAACCACAAACCGAGGGCUGGUUUGUGAUUCUGUGCAAUGCAAACAAGGACGAGAUUAUUGCGAUCAAGAGAGUUGGUUGGAGUGCUGGUGGCAAAGACAAGAAAAACAGCAACACAAACAUGAUAGGGAAAAGACCGAAUGCCAGGGCAGUGAUUAAGUUACCC